CCGCUUCCAGCCGGAGCUUCCCCUGGAACUGCCCCGGGCUGCAGCAGCCUGAGGGGUCCAGCUACAUCCCAGCCGCCUCCUCCCCCUUCCAACCCUCCAUCCUCAGGGGCCGGCCUUUAAGCAGCCUCUUCUCACGACGGCAUCUAAGUCUGUUAUCGCCUUUACGAAACAGAGAAUGACUCCUGGACUUGUCGGUGUUCCCACGGCUCCUGGGAUAAUAAGGCUGACAGUGGUUCCUAACAACGGGUAGUGCCACCCCUCUGAUCGGUGUCAGCAGCUGAGCAGAUAUAAAAGAGAGGAUGCUUGCUGUCUGUGGGGAGCUGCUGGUGUGCCCUCUCCUGGUUGCUGAGGCAGACAAGCUGUUUGGCAUUCACUGAUUAUCUCUGUUACCUUACGAUUCCAGCUUGGGCAGGCAAUCUUCACAAUUCCAGUUAAAAAAAUACUUCUGCUGGCAGUGACUAGUCAUGAAUUCGUCUCGCCUAAACAACAGAGCUGAGAGCCACUUUAGAGCAUCAGAGGAGCAUGAACUGGAGACAGUGGGGAAGAAAGCUUGGGACAAUCCUGUCUACAAUGGCUCUCCUUCUACCUCCUUGAAGAUUCAAACCAUCUACAACCCCAAGUCUACCCUGGAAAAUCCCUAUGAGAACUUUGAAGAGGUUGGGAAUCCACUGCCCUACCAGGAAGAACAGAGCAAAGCUGUGGAUGGGAAGACAAGUCCUUUCCUCAAGUGCUUCUUCUACAUCUUCAGAGGCAUAAGAGGUCUGUGGGGCACUACACUGACUGAGAACACAGCUGAAAACAGAGAGCUUUAUGUGAAGACCACACUGCGAGAGCUGCUAGUCUAUGUUGUGUUCUUGGUGGACAUCUGUCUACUGACAUAUGGAAUGACAAGUUCCAGUGCCUAUUACUACACCAAAGUGAUGUCUGAGCUCUUUCUGCAGACCUCUUCAGAUGGUCGUGUCUCCUUCCAGUCCAUCGGCAGCAUGGCUGACUUCUGGGUGUAUGCACAAGGUCCCCUUCUGGAUAAUCUUUACUGGACAAAGUGGUACAACAACGAGUCCCUGACAGCGCACAGCACCCAGUCAUACAUCUAUUACGAGAAUCUGCUGCUGGGUGUCCCACGCAUGAGACAAUUGAAGGUGAAGAACAAUUCCUGUGUGGUCCAUGAUGACUUCAAGGAGGAAAUCUCAGGCUGCUAUGAUGUAUACUCAGAAGACAAGGAGGAAAGGGUCUCCUUUGGGCUCAUCAAUGGAACAGCAUGGAGUUACCAUUCUGAGGAGGAGCUGGGUGGUUCAUCUCACUGGGGAAGACUAACCAGUUACAGUGGGGGAGGAUACUACAUAGACCUCAAGUUGACCAGAGAAGAGAGUGCUGAAGCCCUGCAAGUCUUGAAGGAGAAGCUGUGGCUGGAUCGGGGAACACGAGUUGUCUUCAUUGAUUUCUCUGUGUAUAAUGCAAAUAUCAAUCUGUUCUGUGUUCUGAGGUUAGUUGUUGAGUUUCCAGCCACUGGUGGUGCCAUUCCUUCCUGGCAAAUCCGGACAGUCAAACUUAUACGAUAUGUCAGUGCAUGGGACUUCUUCGUUGUUGCCUGUGAAAUUGUAUUCUGUGUCUUCAUCUUCUACUACGUGGUGGAGGAGACUUUGGAGCUGCGUAUCCACAAGCUUCAGUACUUCACCAGCAUCUGGAACAUCCUGGAUGUUGUUGUCAUUCUGCUCUCCAUUGUCGCCAUUGGAUUUCACAUCUUUCGCACCAUUGAGGUGAACAGGCUGCUGGGAGAGUUGCUGAAACACCCCAACACCUACGCAGAUUUUGAGUUCUUGGCAUUCUGGCAGACGCAGUACAACAAUAUGAAUGCAGUCAACUUAUUCUUUGCCUGGAUCAAGAUAUUCAAGUACAUUAGCUUUAACAAAACAAUGACUCAGCUCUCCUCUACACUGGCACGUUGCGCCAAGGAUAUCCUGGGCUUUGCCAUUAUGUUCUUCAUUGUCUUCUUUGCCUAUGCCCAGCUGGGUUACCUUCUUUUUGGGACACAAGUGGAAAACUUCAGUACCUUUGUUAAAUGCAUCUUCACCCAGUUUCGGAUCAUUCUCGGUGAUUUUGACUACAAUUCCAUUGACAAUGCCAACAGGGUCCUUGGGCCUAUUUACUUUGUCACCUAUGUGUUCUUUGUUUUCUUUGUGCUUCUGAACAUGUUUCUGGCCAUCAUCAAUGACACCUACUCAGAAGUCAAGGAGGAGCUUUCAAGCCAGAAGGAUGAGCUGCAGCUCUCUGACAUCUUGAAGCAGAGCUACAACCGGACACUCAUGAGGCUGAAGCUGAAGAAGGAGCGGAUUUCUGAUGUGCAGAAAGCACUGCAGAAUGGAACAAAAGAACUAGACUUUGAAGACUUCAAGAAUAGCUUGAAGGAACUGGGCCAUGCAGAUCAUGAAAUCACAGCAGCUUUCUCCACAUUUGACAAAGAUGGCAACCACAUCCUUGAUGAAGAGGAGCAACAGCAGAUGAAGCAUGACCUCGAGGCAAAAAGGGUUGCUCUGAAUACAGAGAUUGAAAAUUUGGGGAAAUCCUAUGGUGACAACAACCUGGAUGAGAAUCUGAUCUACAGGGAAGCAAGGAAUAACCAUGCCAAUAAAGCCAGCUGGGUCUCCAAAGAAGAGUUCCAAGUCCUGCUGCAACGUGUACUGCAGCUGGAACUGUCCAUAAACAGCGUUGGCUCCAAGAUUGAUGCAGUGGUGAGCAAGCUUGAUGUGCCAGAAAGAAACAAACUGAAGAGGAAGGACCUGGUGGGCAAACCACUGGAUGAUGUUAGUAAGGAGGAAGAAGCCAGUCAGGAAGAGCUGCACCCCCAGAUCCUAGACCAACUGGGGAAGGAAGAAGCAGAAAGUUGGGGGAUGGAACAUGUCCAGAGAAACAACCUUAGUAGCAACUCUUCCCAAAAUGGUGUCUACCACAUCUUGCCCCGGUCAAAUGUGCUGGGCUCACAGGUGUCCAAGGACAUCAUCCAGCCAUAGCUGGAUGUGCACUUCUAGCAAACAGCCAAGUGCUCCCACUCUGCCUCCCACGGUACUAAGUCACUUGUCAGUUGUUCUCCCACUAUUAGGAUAAUCCAGACAGCUGGACAUAGACACCACUGUUGUCAGAAACUGUCGAUAUGAAAAAUCAGGGCUGCUCUUUUUCAGUGUAAUGAUGUAUAAUGUCAAAGAGUAGAACUUCUGCCCUCUCUCCCCUCAGUAUCUCUGGAGUAGGUGGAAUUUGGAACCAGGUGAUGUAUCAGGUUUCUGCCUCUCUACAAGCUGACACAAAGUCUCUUAUCUAUAUUCCCAAGAAGUAGGAACCCCAGAACUCUGAACACUUCUGUCCAGAGUGGCAUAUUGCAACUUCCCAUGUGUUCCCAACACAUGCAAUUGUCUGCAGAAAACAGAUGUGAUUAUAAUGUAAAGAAAACAGAAUAUAAUCAUUAGAGUGAGAUGGAAAGAAAUUUAGUUGUGUCUACCUGGUUACAGACAGUUUUGUUCUGCUGUAGUUUGUUUCCAGAUUACCUUGGUAACCUUUCUGCAUCUUAGAUUUAGAUGUUGAGGGAAGAGGAUACUAACACCUAACUUCGGACAACUACAAUGAAAAUUGACUGACAGUGUAAUUGGGAGGAAAUCUGAAAUACUCUAAACUGAGAAGCAGUUGUUACUGGUAAAGUCUUAGGUCUGAGUGUUAGGGAACAAACUUCUGGUUGUAUGGUCUCUAACAGAGCUAUUGACGCUCUAUCAUUUAUUUUCACACUCCUUAAAUUGCAUUUCAAGGUUCUUCAAAAAACUAGCACCACAUUUAUGAAGUUGUGAUCUUUCUUGAUUUUGCCAAGCAAACAAUUUGCAGUUGGGGGUGCUGACACCAUUUCAGUUGAAGAAUAUUGUGAAAAUGAGAUGUGUCAGUUUUUCAACCACAUACAUGCAAAAUACUUCUUUUCCAGGCAUUUCUCCCUUUGCUGAGAUUUCUCUUUCCUUGUAACUGGUGCAGGCUAUUGCUGCUCUUACAGGGUCAGUGUAAAUGUAUUCCAAAUAUCUUCAUCACUGGUAUUCCACAAUAGUUCACCUCAAAUAGGCUCUGUAGGCUUAAAGCCAAUAGAAAUGUGAGUUGUACCAGACAAUUGCUAACAGUUCUCAUUAGUGCUACACUGUUUAGCAUGCUAUGCAGUGCAGUGAUAAGUUUAGUGGGGACCUUGUGCAGGGGCAUUUUGUAUUGCCACCUUUUUUAAGAUGUGCGUGUCAUUGCAUUCUGUUGAAAGCCUCUCUGGCAAUAUCUGAUGGACCUCAGGAUCAGCCCUGUCCACAGAUGGCCCAGGCACCAGGGCUGUCACAGCUACAAGAUAACAUUGAUAAAUUAAAGCAGAGAGUCUUUCAGCUGCAAGGACCUAGCAGGAGCUGUGAGGAGGAGCUUGUCACCCAUCCCACAGUGAGCUUAGAUUUCGGACAGGAGCUGUGGGCACAGUAACUGGAGGCUCUCACAAUUCAUUUCCCAUCAGCUGGUCCUGCUGUUGGGAACAAGACUUGCCUGGGAGACAUUGCCAUCAUUCUUGACUCCCAUUUCUGCUGAAUUCAGAAUUGAGCAAGAGCUUCCUACCUUCAGCUUUUCCAGCUGAACUUGUAACAAUGGUGUUGCUUACUUCCUCCUGCUCUCUGCAUUGAAGCUAUUGUCUUACUCAGAAGAAAACAGCCUGUGUCAGGAGAACUUCCUGAAAUGGGCUUUCUUUCUUUCUUUCUUUUUUUUCCAAAAUUUUAGUUAAACAGGAAAUCUAUAUGCUAAAUUGUAGUUGAACAGAGGAGCUAUGUGCUCUGUAAUGGGCUUGAAAAGUGCACACAGCCCCUUGCAGUUAACUAAUCAGGUCCUUUGUGUGUUGAAAGACACAGAGGGAGGUUCUUCCUUAAACUCAUUUGUAAGACCCUGUUUUAGAUCCUGGAUCAAUAUCAGUCUAUGAUUACCAAGGCAUAAUUGCAAAAUCAAAAAUGUAAGCUCUUUCUCUGAGGUCUCUGAAGGAAUGCCUUUUCCACAGACUCAAAAUAUUGGAUGAGGUUCUGUGUUACUGCAUAGAUAUGAAAUACUUGGGAUGCUGAUCUGUGAAGAACUAAGUCUAACACCAUGGGAGAGAUCCAAGAAGCAACUGUCUGCUUGAGGUGGUUGAUCUGUGCUAAUGGAGUCAGUGGAAGAUAUGUUGCUGGUUGAGGCUUAGCUUCUGAACAGAGCAAUAAUUACCAUGAAGGCAACAGGAUCCUGAAUUCAUGUCCUGCCAAGAAAAUGAAGGUAAAAAUUAUCAUCUCUAAUGAUAAUCUCUAAGGCCUGGCUUUAUAAAGCCUCAGAUUUCUCACAGGAAGAAUGCUGAUUGGUUGUUCUGCUCAACAGAACAACUUUCUGCAGAGAAGCUGGUACACGACCCCCCUCUUUGUGUUGCCCAGUGUUUCUGUUCCCCUCUUCAGCUGUACCAAACACCCACAGGACCAGCCCCACCGAUAACUUGCCCACUGAGGCAGGGAUACUGCAGCCACUGCAGAACAGUGAAAGAGCCUGUCACUAGGCACAGGAAGGCAACCUCUACCACCCUGCUCCUUUCUGCAUAGGGACCCCCAUAAGUGUCAGGGAAAGUGGGGGAAGCACAGAGAACAAUGGUGUGAUAGCUGGACUCAGGUCCAUGGGACAGUAACCAACAGCCUCAGGCAACCAGCUCACAGGCACUGUGGUCUGCUCUUUAGGGCAUCAGGAGAAACAAAAUGGUCAUGUUUGCACUGCAGGGCUUGUUCUUGCCCAAAACUUGGGAAGCCAGCUUUCCCCUGCAAAGGCAGGGCAUGGGAGUCUUCACAGGGCCACUGCAGCUGGGCGAGAUGCCUGCCCCUCACUUUGUCUCUCUGUAGUAAAUACAGGAGACUGUAGCCAGAGAUUAGACUCUAGACCAGCUUGCCAGGACUCCCCCCUUCUCACUGGCAAGAACAGCCUGGCAGCCUCCUCUCCUUUGGGUUUAGGGGGCAGUAGUCAGCCUGCCAUGGUGAGGAGCCCUAAACCAGCUCUGGCUGGGAUCAGACAAGAACUGCAGGCUGCUGUGGUCUCCCGGGUCAGCUCCUUUCCCACCUUCUGGCAGAAAGACCACUCCCUUCACCCUGUGCUGUGAUUUUGGUGGUGCCAGUGCUGCUCAGUGUAAAAUAGCUUCUGUCACCGGCACGUGCCUGUGACUGCAUUGAUGUCUUCUCUCUUACAUGUACCUCUCCAUGUAACUGCCUUGUCUGUUCUGUGUCCACAUUGUCAUGUGUAUGAUGUGUCCUAGAGUAGGGCAAGGAAAUUACUUGUUCUCAGCAAGAGCUUAUGUGUAACUGUCAAUUGUGUCUUCAAGCUGGUUAAGAAAUAAC